GCAGUCAGUGGUGAGCGUGCGUCUCAUGCACACGCACGCACCUCUUCUGGUGACGUGGUGUGCCGUUCGCUCAGCUGCGCGAGAGGAUGGCGGAUCAGAACAGGCAAAUCAAACUCGCUGCAGCCAAGAAAAAGCUGAAGGAGUUUCAGCAGAAGACCACUCCAUCCACAGGAAGUGCUGGACCAAAGAAGAAGAGGAAGGUUAAAGCAGGCGAUCAGCUGGACACCGCUGUGGACAGACCCCCGCCGGACGAUGUGAAUCAGAUUGAGAGUAUUCUCCGAGUGUGUCUGAGUAAUGGAGUAUCUCAGCCUCACAGUCAGGACGCUGUGGAUGCGGUGAGCUGUGUCUCGCAGGAGCUGGAGGACACCAGCGCUGCUGCUUCUGCUCUUAACUGUGAUAACACCGGCCUGAAGAAGUACGCAGAAGAUGCAAACGGCGACAAACAUCCUCUGGAAGAUAACAGGCCGCUGUCGUCCACCGAGAGCCUGAGACAGAUCUCCCAGCAGCUCAAUGGACUGCUGUCUGAGUCAUCGACGUACAUCAAUGGAGACAGCGGUCCGCCGACGGUCAUCGAGAAGGAGAUGGAGACUCGUCACCAGGAUCUGGCAGCGGCUCUGGACUCCAGCGCGCUCACAAACGCUCAGCUCACGUCCAAACUCGAGACAAUGACGAAGCAGUCUCAGGAUCUUUCUGCUCAGCUACAGAAGGAGCGGAAAGAGUUCGAGCAGAAGUUCAGUAAGGAGCAGGGAGCGAUACGUGAACAGCUACAGGUUCACAUUCAGACCAUCGGCAUCCUGGUGUCUGAGAAAUCAGAGCUACAGACGGCUCUGUCCUACACACAGCAGGCCGCGCGACACAAGACAGCUGAAGCAGAGGAUCUGAGCUCGCGGCUGCAGCUCAGUAAACAGAGAGUGUCUGAGCUGGAGAGGACUCUGUCUUCAGUCUCCACACAGCAGAAGCAGUUUGAGAAGCAUAAUAAAGAGCUUGAACGAGAGCGGGACAGUCUCCGAUUGGAAGUCCUCCGGUUCAGUAAUGUGAGCGAGGAGAGCCGGCAGCAGAGCUCAGAGCUGUCCGAGCAGCUCAAGCUGAGAGUAAAGGAGAACAGCGUUUUGAAGCAGGAGGUGGAUGAGCUCCGGAAGCGGCUGGAGAUGGCUGACAGCAUGCUGCAGCAGUUCUCCGGUCAGUCGGGGUCUCCGUCCGAGCAGCAGCAGGUCCAGCUCCUUCUGGAAGAGAAGCACCAGAUCGAGGCUCACGCGGCUCAGCUGAUGGAGUCGGUGGCUCAGCUGCAGGUGGAGAGAGAUCAGUACGCUGCACAGAUACAGGAGGAGGGACGCGUGUGGAAGGACAAAACAGAGCAGCUUCUGUCUCAGGUGCGUCUGAUGUCAGAGGAGCGUGACAGCACUGCUGCUCAGAUUCAGGAGCUUCAGGAGAAGAUCUCCGAGCUGGAGAACACUGCAGCUGUGAUGAGUAAAGAGCAGGAGCUGCAGGCCGUGUCACAGGUCUCGGGUCCUUCAGAGAGUGAACUGACCCUUCAGGAGACCAUCCGCAGUCUUCAGGAGGAGAGAGACGCUCUCAGUCUGCAGUACCAGGCUCAGGUGCGAGACAACGAGCAGCUGAGCCGACUGGUGCAGGAACAGGAAGUGAGGCUGGAGGAACUGGAGAGACAGGCAGAACGCGCCGCUGAAGAGGCUCAGGAUCGACUGCAGAUUCUGGAGGACGUCCAGAGCGACAAGGCCACCAUCAGCAGAGCCCUGGCCCAGAACAGAGACCUCAAAGACCAGCUGGCCGAGCUGCAGAACGGCUUCGUCAAGCUGACCAAUGAGAACAUGGAGCUGACCAGCGCUCUGCAGUCCGAGCAGCACAUCAAGAAGGAGAUCGCUCGUAAGAUCGGUCAGCUGCAGGAAGAUCUGCACGGUGCCAAAGAACAGCUGCAGGAGAAGUGUGGAGAGCUGGCGUCUGUGCAGGAGCAGAGGGAUCAGUAUCUGGCUCACCUGCAGCAGUACAGCGCUGGAUACCAGCAGCUGGUGACGGAGCGAGAGCAUCUGCACCAUCAGUUCCUGCAGCAGACGCAGCUGAUGGACCAACUGCAGCACGACGAGGUGCAGGGCAAAGUGCAGCUGGAGCAGAGUCACGUGCAGCUGCAGGAGGCGCAGGAGAAGCUGAAGCAGCUGGCCAGAGAUAACGAGGAGCUGAAGACAGAGGUGCAGGAGCUUCUGAGCGGCUCGUCCCUGAACACCUCACACAGAGACGACGGUGAUGGACUGGAGAGUCGUUCUCUCCCGGAGAGCUUCCAGAAGACACACAUCGCCAUCCCAGAGGACUUCGAGAGCAGAGAAGAGAUGGAGGAGUUUAUCCACUCCGCUCUGUCUCGUCUGGAGGAGGAGCGAGAUGAGAUGAGCUUCCGCUUCGAGGAGGAGAGGAGACUUCAUCACGCCGCUCGCCAGCAGAUGAUGGCCAUGAGCCACGAGCAGCAUCCUCAUCCUCAUCCUCAUCACAGCACAGUUGGCCCUGACGGGGUCCCGGCGGAGGUGCACGAGGCUCUGCGGGGGGCGAUGGAGAAACUCCAGGAGCGUUUCACAGCACUGAUGCAGGAGAAGGUGGAUCUGAAGGAGCGGGUGGAGGAGCUGGAGCACCGCUGUAUUCAGCUGUCAGGAGAGACGGACACCAUCGGUGAAUACAUCGCGCUGUAUCAGAACCAGAGAGCCAUCAUGAAACAAAGACACUUUGAGAAGGAGCAGUACAUCAACCUGCUGGCCAAAGACAAGGAGGAGAUGAAGGCGAAGCUGGCGGAGCUGCAGGAUCUGGUCAUGCGUCUGGUGGGCGAGCGGAACGAGUGGUACAGCAGAUACAUGAGUGCCAUCAGUAACCCUGACCUCCUGUCCUCCGGAGGAGAACACCCCCAUCCUGCUGACGGACACACGGACAGCCCAGCCGUUCUGGAGCUGAGCGCAGCGGAGGAGCCGUCUACAGCGUCUCAGUCCAGCUCAGACCCUCAAACUCAAUCCCAGAGUUCAGAGAGACCGGGAUCGGCUCCGGACGGCCCGUCCCUGAGACCCACCGAGGACGGCACGGCCCGCCAGAUCAUGCAGCUCCUACAGGAGAUCCAGAACCCUCAGGCCAGACCCGCUCCCUUCCUGGGAGAGAACCCCUGCAUCCCCUUCUUCUACCGGCCGGACGAACAAGACGAGGUCAAGAUCCUGGUGGUCUGACAGCGUCCGGCUCACACGUAUCAAAUGGGUUUCCCUCUUAGUUUCUCUGCUUUCUACAGUAAAUAAGAGACAUGCGAUGCAUUCUGAAGCUCUGUUCGGUUUGUGGAAACCAGUUAAUCGCUGCUCUGUCUUUUCCCUGACCCUUUUGUCCUCUUUCACUGCAUCAAACAAGUGCAAUAUAGACCAGUGAUUCACAUCAGUAUGAGUCAGAUCCAUGAACUCGCACACUAGCUAGGGCACAGCGAUUAGUAGUGUUGAUAGGAUAAAGCAGGUCUGGAGUACGGUGAUAAAAAGUGUUUUCUGAGAGAAUCUGAUUGUGGAGUGAUUGUUCGUUUGCAGCAUGUAGGACAGAGUUUUGAGAAAGCAGAACUAAAGAGUAAUUCAUGAAUAAUUCAGUCUGAAGACGUUCUUUAUGCAUCUCAUUUUAGAUUAGAAAGGAGCCGAGCCGAAAGUGUUCAGUGGACACAGGAAGCUUAAGACCGGGUUGUUUUUCUUUUCCAAUUGGGAUUUAUUGAAAGAUGUAAUGCUCUUUUUUUUUUUUUCUAGAAACACGUGAGGCACCUUGUGAUUGUUUUUUCCAGACCGCGUGAUGACGAAGCUUUCGAGAUGUUGCCCACUGUUUGUGACGCUAGCGAGAGUUUUAAGAGUUGUUUGUAUGUCGAGUGAAUGAUCGAGGGUUUACGAGAGCUGUGUAUAUAUAAAUAUAUAUAUAUUAGAAAUAAAGAUUUGUAAUAAUUCCUCUUACAUGAGCAAAGCUUGAAUGCUGAGAUCAUCCAUAAAGACGGGUUUGCAAACACUUGUGUUAAGAUAAAGCUCUUGGUCAUGUCUUAUGUUUACGUGAAUAAUUGUGACCGCAGCUACACCUUUAAAGAGCACAGUGCAUUUCAUAAAGGAUGCUUUAGAUGCACUGUGCUCUUUAGGAUUGUAAUCAUAGUUAUUUACAAAAACAUUCAGCCGGUUCUAGAGCAGAAUGCAUUGUGCAUGACUCUCUAAUGCUUUAUUUUUACACACAGGCUUCAUGGAAAGCAUUGCUUUAUCUAUUUACCCCUGAAGGAUUCAAGUGAACUCCUGUAACUGGAAGCAUGUGGAUCGAGUUUACAUCUGAACACUGUCUGGUCUCCAGUACCGGGGUAUUUCACCUCCAGCUUCUGCAUCGUUUCUAUCUGCGUUCUCAUGUAUGAAUAUAUUUUCCAGUGAUUGUUUUGGGUUUGGGCUGUAAUCAGACGUUGAUUGAUUUGUAGAAGCUGCACCGAGAGCUUGUUCAUGUUACAGAGGUGUAAAUAGUGUAACUGUGUAUCAUACUGUAUAGUGAGUGUGGGAAGACUGGGAUGAAUCUGGAGAAGAGAGGACGGGAUGCGUGUGUGCUUUCAUACUACGGCCGAACUAAAGGAGAAGUCUAUUUAUUUGGGAUAAUUACACACUAAUCUGUUUUAAUUCAGACUGAUGGAACACAGUGAAGGAGUAAUGAGUAGUUCGAGUGAUGAUUUGCCUCCUAAAUAAACCUGAUUUGAGAAACACGAA